UUAAAUUUAAUUUUUAUUCAUUUAAUUGAACAAAAAAUGUUAAUUAUGAAAAUUCUGUAUUAGGGUUUUGGAGUUAUAAGACUAAGAGAAAUGGUCAACCAAGGCGGCCAACAGAGGCACUCCCACACACUCGGUCCUCCUUUCCCCAUAACUCCAUUAAAUAUUGAGAUACAUAUACGCCCUUUUCCCACCACCCAAUCAAUACAUCACCCAAUUGUGUCCCAUCCCCCCUUCAAAUUCCAAGCAAUUUCUUCUUGCCUCUUUCUCAGUUCCUUCUCAGACUGGGGAAUUCCAUUUUGAUGUCUUAAUUCUCAGACCUCCGGUACAUUAUAUAUAAAGAGGAAUCCAUCAAAAAAACUAGCUUACAAUCAUACUGCCAAGGAGAACACACAAUGGAGGGAACGACCUGUCUCAUAACAGAGGAAAAGGCUGAAGGGGAUGGCGAAUUCCCGGAGAUCUCCCUCCGGCCGAUGGAUCUCUCCGAUGCCGAUGAUUUCAUGGCGUGGGCUGCAGAUGAAAGGGUGACCCCCUUCUGCAGUUGGGACACCUACACCUCCAAAGAAGAUGCCAUGAACUACAUAAACAACACCGUCAUUCCUCACCCAUGGUUCAGGGCCAUUUGCCUCAACAACAAAGCAAUUGGGGCUAUUUCAGUGACUUCAAAUUCUAAUGCCACUGAUAGGUGCAGAAGUGAACUUGGGUAUGUCCUGGCCUACAAGUACUGGGGCAAAGGGAUCGCCACACGGGCCGCCAAAAUGGUGGCUUCGACCAUUUUCCGGGAGUGGCCGCACUUGGAGAGACUCGAAGCUCUAGUCGACGCCGAUAACCGGGGAUCGCAGAGGGUGCUGGAGAAGGCUGGGUUCAAGAGGGAAGGUGUUCUGAGGAAGUAUCUCACUGUGAAGGGGAAAACUAGAGAUGUGGUGAUGUUUAGCCUUCUUUCUACUGAAGCUGCUGCUUCCUAUAUAUAGUGUGUAGAAAAUUAUUGUUGUUUGGAGUACAUGUAUAUUUGAGUUCUUGAAAGUCUUGGUUAAUAAAGUAGAAUUCAUGUCCAAGUAGAAAUAUAAAGCAUUUAUGUUUUGAAA